CGGUCUCGAUUACCUACCCAAGCUGCUGAGAGAAAGAGGCCGACAUGAGCAAAAGGAAAGCCCCGCAAGAGAGCCUCAAUGAAGGCAUCACCGACUUCCUCGUAGAGCUGGCUAAUUAUGAGAGGAAUGUCAAUAGAGCUAUUCACAAAUACAAUGCUUACAGGAAAGCGGCAUCUGUUAUUGCCAAAUAUCCCUCUAAGAUCAAGAGUGGGACAGAGGCCAAAAAGCUGGAUGGGGUUGGAGCCAAAAUUGCUGAGAAAAUAGAUGAGUUUCUAGCCACUGGAAAACUGCGCAAAUUAGAAAAGAUCCGGCAAGAUGACACCAGCUCCUCCAUUAAUUUUCUUACAAGGGUCACUGGAAUAGGACCGGCAGCUGCUAGGAAGUUGGUGGACGAAGGAAUUAAGACAUUAGAUGAUCUCAGAAAUAAUGAGCAUAAAUUGAAUCACCAUCAGAAGAUUGGAUUGAAAUACUUUGAUGAUUUUGAGAAACGGAUCCCGCGUAAGGAGAUGAUACAAAUGCAGGAAAAAGUUAUAGAUAGAAUAAAAAUCCUGGACCCUCAGUACAUCGCCACAGUGUGUGGAAGCUUCAGACGAGGUGCAGAGUCCAGUGGGGAUAUGGACGUUCUCCUGACUCACCCAGACUUCACUUCGGAAUCUGCCAAACAGCCACACCUUUUGCGUCAGGUCGUGCAAUGCCUGGAAGAAUGCGAGUUUAUCACAGACACGCUUGUAAAGGGAGACACAAAAUUUAUGGGUGUGUGCCAGCUGCCUUGUGAGGGGGACGAGGAGCAUCCACACCGGAGGUUGGAUAUCAGGCUGAUACCAAAGGACCAGUAUUACUGUGGGGUUCUCUAUUUUACCGGCAGUGACAUUUUCAACAAGAAUAUGCGUGCCCACGCCCUGGAGAAAGGCUUCACUCUGAAUGAAUACACCCUUCGCCCACUGGGAGUCACAGGUAUAGCCGGUGAGCCUCUUCCAAUAGACAGCGAGAAGGAUAUAUUUGACUAUAUCCAGUGGAAAUACCGGGAGCCGAAGGAUCGCAGCGAAUGAGAUUGACGUUGGGGGUUAUUUUCUUUUUAACCCAUAAGAUACCUGUUUGCCAGCAAGUCUACAGGUGCUUUGAAUAGGCCAUUUGCUAAAUACAGUGACGUACAAACUCUAAUGGAGGAGCAAAUCAUGUGAUACUAGGUGUGUGUGUGUGUUUGUGCUGUGGGUGUGAGUAGGUGCAGAGCUCUAUACCAGGCUACGCAACCAGUGCCCCUCUAGCUCUGCAGGAACUACAACUUCUAGAUUGGUUGGGGCCAUUGGGGGUGGUAGUUUCUAUAACAGAUUGAUUUUGUUUAUUUUUAUACCUGGUACUUAAAGGGUUAAUCUUAUAAGCUUUAGUUUUAUCUGCACCAUUUUUAAUUUGGAUUUUGGUAGAUGCCAUAUUAUGGGAUGUGUAAAAGUAAAAGAUAACCAUUCUGCCAUGAUGUUGGCAGCCCCCCCACUCCUCCUGUCGCUGUCAUUAUAGAAGGUGCUAUCAUCUUUAUUUUAGGUUAAAUAUUUUUAAGGAAUUGCAUGUCAACUCUUUUAUUUUAUUGUCCCCUAAAACUAUUUUUUUUAGCAUUUGUAUUGCUGUUACAUUUAUUUAAAUUGAUAUUUUGUGUUGUUAUGAAAGCAUAUCAUCAGAAUAUUACAGAGGCACGUGUUUUAUGGUCUCUCUGUGUAGACACAUACAGCCCACGGCCCUUUAGAUGGAAGUUCUGGCUUAAGUAACCCAAUUAGACAGAUAUAAAGAGAAUAAGACAUGUUUCCUUGCAACUGCUCAUUAUUAUUUAUUGCCCCACUGGGCCCACAGUAUAGGCUAGAUCUGGUCUGAAAAGCAAAGCCAACUCCCAAAAGCUGCCCAUACACAGUCUGAUAAAAGCUGCCAACUCGGCCCCUUGAGACCAAGUCAGGUGGCUUAUUGGCCCAAGUAUGGAGGCCCCCAGCAGGCCAUGCCAUUUACAGCCAGAUAACAAUUGCGCAGGUUUGCAUAUCUUUUAAGACAAAGACUUUGUCGGUGCAUUAAUGCUGUCUUUUCCUGAUGGUUUACACUGGCUGUGCUUGGUAAGAUCGUGUAAUUCUGAUUUGGCCCACCGGCUUGGUAAAGAUCUUACCAUGUGUGCCCUGCUUAGUCUAUGUGGGAAGCCACUGAAACCAGUCAUAUACAGCUGAUAAGCAGGCGUAGGUUGCAGGGCCUAUAGGUGGGCUGCAUGAGAAGCCCCUUUAUAGCACAGUUACUUCUCUUGGGGUUCCCAGAUGUUGGACUGCUAAUUAACGGUUAAAGCGUGCUGGGAGCUGUAGUCCAACAACUUGAAAUAUGGAACCAAGGUAAAGCUGGGCCUUAAAGAAUGAGGGGCUUUUGUGAUUGAGCAGUUAACGUUUUACUCCCCCCCCAACAACCUUUGUUUACAAGUAAUGAGAUGUUGCAGUAUUGGGGGGCUAUGAAAAGAAUGUAAUCAUGUGCAUUAAGCUGGACUGCUUAAUAAAUAUUAGAUGUGAUAUUGCAAA